AUGACCCUACCCAUCGUGAUUCCUUCUCCCCCCUCUGCGACAGCUUCCGCUUCAUCUCCAUCUUCCGACGGUUCAUCUUCCGGACCUAGAACUCCACUUUCACCCACUCAUGUUCCUAGCCUUCCCACCCUACCUAACACCGUAGCUGAUAACUCCGCAAGUGGGUCCAGUGGAAAGAGGAAACCGUCUCGGCGUGCGAACACUGCCGAACGUAGAGCUACUCACAAUGCCGUCGAAAGGGCACGAAGAGAGACUUUGAACGGAAGGUUCUUGGAUCUCGCCAAGAUGCUCCCUAACCUCUCUCAGAUUCGUCGCCCUUCCAAAUCUGCCAUUGUGAACUCUUCCAUUGCCCAUAUUCACGCAUCUCGUCGACACCGCGCUCUUGCCGCCCGUGAACUACGUAUGUUGAAGCUUGAGGCUGACCAUUUGAGACGAGAGCUCAACGAAUGGCGCGAUCGAGCUUCAAUUCCACGAGUCGAGGAACCUAUUCGUAAUGAAGGUUUUUCGAUGGUUCUUAACCAAGAACUAGAGGUCAUCCCUGUUGUUACGAAUGGUGCUCUUGACGACGACGACGACACCAUUGGACUUUACGGCGAAGAAAAUGGCAGUGUGGAAGGUAACGAUGACGAGAUGUGGCUCUCCAGCGGGGGACCGAUUGGUAUUGAAGAGCAACAGAGGAUGAUGUUGGCUGCUGGAGGGCGAAUAUCGCCUCCACCGAUGAAUACCUCCAUGACUUACACCCAAUCUCAGCGACCGCCAUUCCCACAUCACCCUCACUCACAUCCUCUCAUUGUCCCUGCACACGGCUCAUACGACGGGUAUCCGGAUUAUCCUGGUGCAGGCAUUUACUCCGCUUCACCGAACGAGAAGUAUCCGAACCCUCAGAUGCAACAGUACCUGGAAAGCCUGAACAUUGCUCGUCGACGUUCGCAGACAGGCCGAGACAGAUCCAACUCGAUGGCGUCGAUGACGUCGAGUGGGAGCGCUUCCCCGCCUCUAUACCCAUCACACCCCCAUGUACAUCCACCCCAAUUCCCAGAAGGGGGAUGGGUUGGCGCUGGUCUCAGUCACCAUCAGACGAUGCAGAUGGGUGGCGGUGGUGGCAUCGGGAACGGAGUCUCGUUUGCAAUGAUGUGA